AUGGGUAUCGACGCAGGGUCUCCUUGUCGGCAGCAGCAGCAGCAGCAGCAGCAGCAACAGCAGCAGCAGCAGCAACAGCAGCAGCAGCAGCAACAACAACUGCAGCAGCAGAAACAUGCAAUCGGCUUGAUGCCUGCAGCAAACUCGAAGCUCUUGCUGCUGCUGCUGCUGCUGCUGCUGCUGCUGGUUCAGCCCGUCGCCGUUGCUUCUGUCUGGAUUCCUGCAGCAGCAGCAGCAGCAGCACCAGCAGCAGCAGCAACAACACCAGCAGCAGCAGCGACAACACCAGCAGCAGCAGCAACGGCAAGAGCAGCAGCAGCAGCAGCAGCAGCAGCAACAGGUAGUUUCAAGCCAGCGCUGCAACGCUGGGUUUCCUUCACCAGACAGCAGCAGCAGCAGCAGCAGCAACAGCAGCAGCAGCAGCAGCAGCAGCAAACAGUUGCUGCCUUCCUAGUCUGCGGCAGCAGCAGCAGCAGCAGCAGCAGCAACAGAGGGAGAAGCUCGCUGCUUCGCAGCAGCAGCAGCAGCAGCAGCAGCAGCAUCAGCGAGCGCAUAACCUACAGCAGCAGCAGCAAGGGCAGCAGCAGCAUAGAGGGAGAAGCUCGCUGCUUCGCAGCAGCAGCAGCAGCAGCAGCAGCAGCAUCAGCGAGCGCAUAA